UAGUAAUAUAACUCAAUUAAAUAAGAAAAAAAUCCUAGUGAAAGAAUAUAAAAAUUAUAAUUAGUAAAUUUCGAGUAAGCAUGACGUGAUUUCCAAAGAAUACGGCACUAUGAAUUGCCUGAAAAUCAUAAAGUGUGGUGCUCUUUUAUCCAAUAUCUCCCACUGUAAUGUCAAUAACCAGAUGAGGUUCUACAGAAACCCCUCAAUUUGUAAUAUCUGUCUAUAUCCACAAGGCAAAAAACCAUGUUUUGACAUCCGCAACGUGACAAUAGAUCGUGGCAAUAAAUGCCACAUCAAACACAUACGGUCAUUCCUCUAUCAGCACUACUGGCCGCGAGAGCCCAGUGUCAUUGGUCUGUGGAUGUCGCUCAACUCCCCCUAUUUGGCUGUACUCACUGAGAGAUAUUCUAGUUCAGGUGAUCGAUUGCUGGCUUACGAGCACUUGGCUAGAACGAACGAGAAAAAGCUAGUAGGCGUAACUGUCGCCAACCAGGUGUUUCCGUGGGCCGCUGACGAGCUCGAGGAGUGGGCACAUUACACCAUUUCCAAGCCUGAAAGGCACCGAAUGUAUUUCUGUGCGCACUGCUACAGAAGCCCUAACUUAUUUAAGAAGUAUAAUGUCAGUUAUAUAUACGAUGUGGAAGUUCUUGGCACAGCUGCGGAGGUGACGGGCCAGGGAGUAGGGACCUUGUUGCUGAAAACCGCUCUCGAACAUGCCAAAGAGCUGCGUCAUCCUCUAGUUCAAGUCGUUUCUCUCAAUCAAUAUACAUCAAGAAUCUGCGAAAAGUGCGGCAUGAAACGCGAAUGGACAAUGGAUUACACAGAAUUCGUCGACGAUGCCGGUCGACGUGUCUUCUUCCCUCGCCGUCCGCACCACACCGUGGCUGUAUACGUCAAAUACAACGACCCUAAGAUUGGCGGGAUACUUCCUUGCAAGCCUCCUUUUUAGAUGUGAACUCGGCAAGUACAUUUUCAUUGUGAAAAUGUAGGACGAACCAUGAUUGCUCGUGUAUACGAAAUUUGUAUACACACUGUGGAUCAAUUGAAAGCAUGAUUGGCGUAAAAAAGAGAAGGCUUCGCAACAUGAAUAACGUUUAGGCAAAUUUAAAAGGUAUCAUGUUUGAG